AUGGACUCCAGUUCUUAUGAUACCAUUGUUCUGACUGAUGCAUCAGUGAGCGCAAUUGAUAUUGAAAAAGAACCCAGCCAAGAUAUGAUACCCAGUAAACCAAAACGCUGUAUUGCAGUGUUGAAGAAACAGUAUGGUAGAACAGAGGAGAAUGGUCCAGGCUUUGUCAUGCCUAUACGAGGUGAGGUGCAUAAACAUCAACAUUUGGAUUACUUAGUUGAAAAACUGGAACAGAUUAGAAGUAACGUUUCGGUUGCCAGUCAAGUAGAGACACCAAAAUUGCCUGCCCCACAGCUUGUGCCUGCAUCUUUGAACUCAGAGAGGUCCUUUUCCAAGUUGAAGGAGAAUUGGGAACAAUACCAGCUUCAGUGCUAUAAAUAUUUCCAUGAAACACCCCCUCUUCUGACAGAAGGCAAGUUCUGCAACAGAACAUUUGAUGAUUAUAUAUGUUGGCCAGAUGGCUUACCUGGCACCUAUGUGAAUAUGAGCUGUCCUUGGUAUCUUCCAUCAGUGACCACAGUAAUACAUGGGCAAGUUUAUCGCUUCUGUACACUUGAGGGCACGUGGCUGCUGGAGGAGAAUUCCACCAAGGCCUGGAGGAACACAUCUGAGUGUGAGGAUGCUGGCAAAGACGCGCCAAAAGAACGGCUCCUAUUCCUGUCUGUCGUCUACACCACUGGAUAUGCUCUUUCCUUCUCUGCCCUUGUUAUAGCAACUGGCAUCCUCCUUGGAUUCAGGCAUCUGCAUUGCACCAGGAACUACAUUCACUUGAACCUUUUCGGCUCCUUUAUUCUACGUGCUGUAUCUGUCUUCAUUAAAGACUCUGUGCUAACAUGGAUGUACAGUACUGCCACUCAUGAAUAUCAAUGGGAGAAAAUUGUAUCCUAUCAGGAGUCUCUUAGUUGUCGUCUGGUCUUUGUGAUGAUGCAUUAUUGUGUGACUGCAAACUACUACUGGCUAUUGGUGGAAGGAAUGUACCUCUACACACUGCUAGUGGUGUCAGUGUUUUCUGAGCAGAGAAUCUUUCGGCUUUACCUUUGCAUUGGCUGGGGUGUACCAAUGCUGUUUGUUAUCCUCUGGGGAGUUGUCAAGUACCUUUAUGAAGAUGAGGGCUGCUGGAGCAGAAACCAUAACAUGAACUACUGGCUGAUCAUCAGGCUCCCCAUCCUGAUUGCUAUAGGGGUGAAUUUCCUGAUCUUUAUCAGAAUUAUAUGCAUUAUCAUUUCUAAGCUGCAAGCUAAUUUGAUGUGCAAAACUGACAUAAAGUGCCGGCUGGCCAAAUCGACGCUGACUCUGAUCCCGCUGCUGGGGACACAUGAGAUCAUCUUUGCCUUUGUUACGGACGAGCAUGCUAAAGGAAUGCUGCGUUUCGUGAAGCUCUUCUUUGAACUCUCCUCCUCCUCCUUUCAGGGUCUUCUGGUUGCAGUCCUCUACUGUUUCGUCAACAAUGAGGUUCGAACAGAAUUUCAGAAAAGCUGGGAGCGCUGGAGACUAGAACACUUUUACGUCCAAAGAGACAGCAGUAUGAAGCCACUCAAGUGUCCGGCCAACAGCAUAAGCAGUGGUGGUACCUUGGGCAGCACAGUCUAUGCUGCCACUUGCCAAGCUACAUGCAGCUAA